AUGGAUGAGACCAACCGUCGUCUGCCAAGUAAUAGUGAGCAGACCAAGGGUUUACCCCUGGAACGAAUCCCUCAGAACCCGGAGAAGGCCAUGCUCCAAAAUUGUUUGACAAGUGCGUCCUGGGAUUUUCGAGAUUACAAAGAAUGUGGGUCUCUAAAACACUCCAUUAGGACAACCAGCAAGAAUCAUCGAACAACUUCAGUCCUCAGGAUUCAAAAAGUAAUUGGUUCCGACUUCGGAAGGUAUGAAUGCGUCGCGCGGAAUCAGCUUGGGGAGUCUCGAGGAUCCAUCGUCCUCAAA